GCGGGGCGCCAGCUGGGUUAAUGUCGGGAACAGUCGCCGUGUUGGCUCCAGUCUCCCGUCUGCCCCGCACUCCGACGGUAACUGGAUGGAGGUUUUACACGGAGGGACUUGUUUGAGCUGUUGCGGCGGAAUAAGACUGCAAGACAUGAACUGAGGAAUUACCAACUAAAAAAAAACAAACAAACAAACAAAUAAAACAAAAAACAAAACAGGAUGUAAUGUUAACAAACCGCAGAGCGGAAUGUCAAGAGGAACAAAAGGGACUUCUUGUUGUUACUGGAAUCUCAGCGGACUGAACUAACUAGAGGCUAAACCGGCUAACGUUAGGCAGACUUUAUGAAGUGGAUUCCCCCGCCUGUUCACAGUUUCAAGCAUCCUUGCUUGUUUGUCUGCUGAGCGGAUCUCAUUGACAUUUACUCGCCAUGGCGGCGGUGGUUAGCUACUCUCCACCAUGGUGGGUGAACCUGCUGCACAGACUCCCCCAUUUCAACUUGAAGUUCGAGCAAACUAGCAGUGAUUUCCGACCAGAAGACUGGACAUAUCAACAGUCCAUCCUGUUAUUGGGAGGUGUGGCGCUCGCCUGUCUGGCCCUGGACCUCCUGUUUCUGCUCUUCUACUCCAUUUGGCUGUGCUGCCGGCGAAACAAAAAUGUGGAGCAGCCCAACGCCGACUGCUGCUGCACGGCCUGGUGUGUCAUUAUAGCAACACUUGUCUGCAGCGCUGGCAUUGCUGUUGGUUUCUAUGGGAACGGUGAGACUUGUGAUGGAGUGAAUCGGCUGACGUAUUCCCUGCGCCAUGCUAACCGCACAAUCACUGGAGUGCAGAAGCUGGUAUAUGACUGUACAUCCUCAUUGAACCAGACAGUAGACGAAAAUCUGCAACAGCUUGAGGGCCAGUAUGCGCAGCACGCGGACUACCUGUCCAUCAUCCAAAAGCUGCAAGGCCAGCUGGACGAACUGAUCAGACAGAUGGCGGAAACUCCCUUUUGGGACAACACCAACAUCUCCCUGGACGAGCUGGCCGUCAAGAUUGAGCUGUAUGACUGGUUUAGGUGGCUGGGCUACAUAGGCCUGCUACUGUUUGACGUGCUCAUCUGUCUUCUGGUGCUGUUUGGCCUCAUUCGCAACUCCAAGGGAACACUCAUAGGGGUGUGCUUGUUUGGUGUAGUGGCUCUGGUUAUCAGCUGGGUCUCCCUGGGGCUGGAGUUGGCCGUCUCUGUGACCUCCAGUGACUUCUGUGUUGCUCCUGACACAUAUGUCACAAAAGUGGCAGAUCAGUAUGGAGUCAUCAAUCAAGAAAUCCUGCAGUACUACCUUAGUUGCAGUUUGGAACAAACCAACCCCUUCCAGCAGAAACUUUCCGGGAGCCACAAAGCAUUAGUGGAGAUGCAGGAUGAUGUGUCCGAACUACUACGCUCUGCCACCAGAGAGUAUAAACAAACUAAGGGAAGUUUGGAGGAGAUCCAGGGGAUACUGAACACCACAGAGAUCAGCCUACAUCAGCUCACUGCACUGGUGGACUGUCGCAGCCUGCACAUGGACUACGUCCAGGCCAUGACAGGUCUGUGUUAUGAUGGACUGGAAGGCCUCAUCUACCUUGUGCUCUUCUCUUUCGUCACUGCUCUCAUGUUCAGCUCGAUUGUUUGCAGCGUGCCUCACACCUGGCGGGGCAAGAGGAGCGAGGAGGACAGUGAGGACGAGUCUCUGAGCCAUGGAGGAAGGCAAAAUCACGAUAACCUGUAUCGGGUCCACAUGCCCAGCCUGUACAGCUGUGGCAGCAGCUACGGCAGCGAGACCUCCAUCCCUGCUGCCGCCCACACUGUCAGCAACGCACCUGUUACAGAGUACAUGGCACAGAACGCCAACUUCCAGAAUUCACGCUGUGAAAACACGCCUCUGAUCGGACGAGAGUCUCCUCCCCCCUCGUACACCUCUAGCAUGCGGGCAAAGUACCUGGCCAACAGCCGACCAGAUCCUGACAACCCUCCAGCGCACUAGACAACACUGGACUCGUCCCGUCUGCAGCAUUGACGGCUCCAGAGUCACAUUCAGUCACUCAUCCAGUCAGUCCGUCAGUCUUUUUCCUACGAGAUGAUUUUCCUCAAAGUCGCUCCACCUCCUGCUCCCUUCCGCCAUUAACUGUCUCACUCAACUUGAAAUGGAAAACCAAAAUGCGCUUUUGCUGGUCGGCUGAAGCAAAACACGAGGACACCCAUCAGAUCUUAUGCAGAUACUUUUUCUCCAAUUUCCACAAUCCUUAGCUGAUGCUAGAAUCAUCAGUGGUGCUGUGAAUUUAUUUCCACUCUGAUGUGACGGCACCUGGUCUGACUUUUACACUCCAAUUUAAUUUUUAUUCUUUACACAUGAAAGCACCAUGACAUGUACGGUGUCACAUCUAACGAGGCGUUGCAGUGUUGAGGACUCUGGAGGAGCUCAUAGACUAACACUGAUGACUACUGGCUGUUUAGUUUUGUAAAGUACUGUACCACAGAGAGAGAAAUGCCUUACACAUAAAUACAGGAGGAAUCAACUGUUUUCUUCCCACCUGAGGAGCAGAUAUCGUUUCUUACAUUACACACUCAACAUAGAUCAAACCGUCGUAGUAUAGAUUAAUUUCACAGUGCAACAUCUCCGUUGCUCAGGUUUUCCUUCUGCUUGUGGAACUUAAAAUGCCAGUCCGAUAUUUGCAUUCCUCUCCUGUUAAUACUGAGAUUCUGUUUAUCCCACGUGCACAGUAGCUUGUUUUUUGCAUUUCGUCUUAAAUCCGAUGUCUGGGACCAGUUUUCCUGCAGUAUUGCACGUCGUACAGUUCUGAAAUUGAACCCUUUUUGUCUUCUUGGGACACUGUUAUUCCCUGUGGCAUUUUUUAAAUACAUUUACAAGCCACUUUUCCACAGCAGUGACUGUAACUUUAUGAAGCUGUGAACUUGAUGCUCUCAGAGGAUUUGAUAAGGUGCAGAUGAGCUGCAUGAUGGAAAUGCAGCUGGGAUGAUGAUGAUGAUUAUGAUCAUCCAUU